CAGAACUUCGCUCGUCGCUCGUCGUCUAUAAAUAGCGCGACACACUGCGCCGCCGCUCCGCACCUGUCCACAGCGACCGUCUUCACACACACGGGGUGGGGGGGAAGGAAAGGAAAGCAAAGGAAAGGAGACGUGCAGCAGGCGGACACGCAAGUUGUGAGCGAGCCUCCCGACUGUGCAAGAAUCUGCAGCGGCAGAGUGUCGUCAGGCUUGUAAACACGGACGAAAACAAAGUGGGUGGCUUCCCCCCGCUCCCCACACAUUCCUGGAUGACUGACUGAGUUCUCCGACAGCCUUGUUAACCCGUGAAGGGCACACAUGGACCCCCACGUGAGCGACCACCAGAGCCCCCUUCCAGUGUCCGAGGCCACCGGGCUGGCUCUGCCCCCCUCCGGCCAAGCAACAGACUUGAGGCCCAGAUGGACGGUGCUGGACUCCCUGCUGUGCGGGGCCAUCGCUGGAGCUAUCGCCAAAACGGUCAUCGCCCCUCUGGACCGGACCAAGAUCAUUUUCCAAGUGUCCUCCAACAGAUUCUCAGCCAAGGAGGCCUUCAGGCUCAUCUACUGCUCCUACAUGAAGGAUGGGCUGCUCAGCCUGUGGAGGGGGAACUCCGCCACCAUGAUGAGGGUCAUGCCCUACGCUGCCAUCCAGUUCUGCUCUCACGACCAGUACAAAGAGCUACUGGGGGGCUACUACGGCUACCAGGGGAAAGCUCUGCCUCCCUUCCAACGCUUCCUGGCCGGCUCCCUGGCCGGCACCACCGCGGCGAUGCUCACCUAUCCUCUGGACAUGGUGCGAGCCAGGAUGGCAGUCACAGCCAGAGAAAUGUACAGCAACAUCAUGCACGUCUUUGUGCGGAUCUCCCAAGAGGAGGGCGUCAGGACCCUUUACAGAGGCUUCACGCCCACGAUCAUGGGUGUCAUCCCAUACGCGGGGAUCACAUUCUUCACAUAUGAGACCCUCAAGAAGCUGCACACCGAGAAGACUAAGCGACCCCAGCCGUACCCCCUGGAGCGCCUGGCGUUUGGCGCCUGCGCCGGCCUCAUCGGGCAGUCCGCCUCCUACCCGCUGGACGUGGUGCGCCGGCGCAUGCAGACGGCCGGCGUCACCGGCUCGUCGUACGCCACCAUCCUGGGGACCAUGCGCGGGAUCGUAGCGCAGGAGGGCGUCAUGCGCGGACUGUACAAGGGCCUGAGCAUGAACUGGAUUAAAGGGCCCAUCGCCGUGGGGAUCAGCCUCACCACGUUCGACGUCACGCACAGCUCUCUGCUCAAACUGCAUCGGAUGGGAUACUUCGCACACUGAAGUCGCAAACAAAACAACAACAAAAAAAAGAAGACUUGGCGUGACGGGAGGAGGCAGCAAUAAGAGGCCGUCCAGCCGCACGGUCCGUUUCCCUUCGAGGAGGAGGAGGAGGAGGAGGAGGAGAUCUGUUGUGCACAAAGAAAUGCCGUUUCUCACACUCACGUAAACGCACAAUCAGGAUUCACUGACGGGAGGUGGAGCGCGAGAGGAAAUAAUAAGUGUCUUUUUCUUUUUUUUUUUUUUUAAAUCGUCGUUCUCGCAAUCCCAACUUUUGUUUUGAAAAUCCCGUCGCCUGUCAGGGCGGCGCGAGGGAUGAACGGAGCAACGGUGGGUCCAGAGAAGUUAUGUUCUUUUUCAUGGAAAAUACGGAGCACUUUAAUAAGGUAAUGCUCGCACUUUAUUAGACGACAGCGAUAACUUGAUUUUUAUUGCUUUUUUUUUUUUUAAUUUGGAGGGACGUUUUUAUUUCAAUUCUAAUCGCGUUGCUUUUGUUUUUCCUUUUGGUCGUUUCAAAUGAACUGAGGGGGGGGGGUAUGGAUUUUAAUGAAACGGUCAUUAUGCAAUAUGUUUAAUUUUUUUUAUUUCUAGAUGGUGCCACUGAGGGUUGAAUUAAGAUUGAUUGUAGGAGGGUCAUCAUGUCAGCAGGACUGCACAGUCUCACUGUCCAUCUGGCAUGAGGAGUUGUAAUCUCAUAAAUAUGUCUAAUGAGUGGACGCAAAUCAAAUAAAUCUAAAUAUAUAUAUUGUUUUAUGUGCAUAUUACUAUGUCAUUGUUGUAUCAUUGUUUUUAAGGAGCUGUUAGCCUGAAAAUAAAUUCAAAAAAGAAAAUGGCCAAAGCAUUCAACUCAA